CACCUCUCCGUGACGUGUUUUGACUGCGGAAGGACCCUCGUGACGGCAGCUCGUCGUUAGCUUCAUGGAGGGUCAAACUGUGUGAAUCAAACUUUAUCCAACUGAUAUCAGAGUCAUCUGACGCUAAACACCGCUUUCAGCCGGGCCGAGCGGUCUGACAGCUGCCCUUCAUUCACUUUGCUGCAACUACUGAGAGGGAACCAUGUUUCUCUAUAACAUCACUCUGCAGCGUGCCACAGGCAUCUCACAUGCCAUCCAUGGGAACUUCUCAGGAACCAAGAUGCAGGAGAUUGUCGUCUCAAGGGGGAAGAUCUUGGAGUUACUGAGGCCGGAUGCGAACACUGGAAAGGUGCACACUCUCCUCACAGUCGAAGUGUUUGGCAUCAUAAGAUCACUGAUGGCCUUCAGACUCACUGGAGGAACCAAAGAUUAUAUUGUCGUGGGAAGCGACAGCGGUCGUAUCGUCAUCUUGGAGUACCAUCCAUCCAAAAACAUGUUUGAGAAGAUCCAUCAGGAGACGUUUGGGAAGAGCGGCUGCCGACGCAUCGUUCCUGGACAGUUCCUCGCCGUAGACCCAAAGGGCAGAGCUGUGAUGAUAGGGGCCAUAGAGAAACAGAAGCUGGUUUAUAUUCUGAACAGAGACGCAGCUGCCAGACUGACCAUCUCCUCCCCGCUGGAAGCUCAUAAAGCCAACACGUUGGUCUACCACGUGGUUGGAGUCGAUGUCGGCUUUGAAAAUCCAAUGUUCGCCUGUUUGGAAAUGGACUACGAGGAAGCUGACAACGAUCCAACAGGAGAAGCAGCGGCCAACACGCAGCAGACGCUCACCUUUUACGAGCUGGAUCUCGGCUUGAAUCACGUGGUCCGCAAGUACAGCGAAGCUUUGGAGGAGCAUGGAAAUUUCCUCAUCACAGUUCCCGGUGGUUCAGACGGCCCCAGCGGAGUUUUAAUCUGCUCUGAAAACUACAUCACGUACAAGAACUUUGGAGAUCAGCCUGACAUCCGCUGCCCCAUCCCUCGACGCAGAAACGAUCUGGAUGACCCAGAGCGUGGCAUGAUAUUCGUCUGCUCCGCAACCCACAAGACCAAGUCCAUGUUCUUUUUCCUGGCCCAGACCGAGCAGGGCGACAUCUUCAAGGUCACUCUGGAGACAGAUGAAGAAAUGGUCACAGAGAUCCGACUGAAGUACUUUGACACGAUCCCUGUGGCUGCAGCCAUGUGUGUUCUGAAGACCGGCUUCUUGUUUGUGUCUUCAGAGUUUGGAAACCAUUACUUGUACCAAAUCGCUCACCUGGGUGAUGACGAUGAGGAGCCAGAGUUUUCCUCUGCAAUGCCGCUGGAAGAGGGCGACACCUUCUUCUUCCAGCCUCGCCCGCUCAAAAACCUCGUGCUGGUGGACGAGCUGGAGAACCUUUCGCCCAUCAUGUCCUGUCAGAUUGCAGAUUUGGCCAAUGAAGACACGCCUCAGCUGUAUGUGUGUUGUGGUCGAGGACCCAGGUCUACUCUGAGGGUGCUUCGGCACGGACUGGAGGUGUCUGAGAUGGCUGUGUCUGAACUGCCCGGUAACCCCAACGCCGUGUGGACGGUGCGCAGACAUGUAGAAGAUGAAUUCGACGCCUACAUUAUUGUGUCUUUCGUCAACGCCACGCUGGUCCUGUCCAUCGGGGAGACCGUGGAGGAAGUGACGGACUCCGGGUUUCUGGGUACGACGCCCACCCUGUCCUGCUCUCUGCUCGGUGAAGACGCCCUCGUCCAGGUUUACCCGGACGGUAUCCGACACAUCCGAGCAGACAAGCGUGUGAAUGAGUGGAAGACUCCUGGCAAGAAAACCAUCGUCCGCUGCGCCGUGAACCAGCGACAAGUGGUGAUCGCCCUGACGGGAGGAGAGCUGGUCUACUUCGAGAUGGAUCCGUCCGGACAGCUGAAUGAGUACACUGAGAGGAAGGAGAUGUCUGCAGACGUCGUCUGCAUGAGUCUGGCCAACGUUCCUCCCGGUGAACAACGCUCUCGGUUCUUGGCCGUCGGACUGGUCGACAACACCGUUCGAAUCAUCUCACUGGACCCUUCGGACUGCCUUCAGCCACUGAGCAUGCAGGCGCUGCCCGCCCAGCCAGAGAGUCUGUGCAUUGUUGAGAUGGGAGGCGUUGAGAAACAAGAUGAACUUGGGGAUAAAGGCACCAUCGGCUUCCUCUACCUCAACAUCGGCCUUCAGAACGGUGUGCUGCUCAGGACGGUGCUGGAUCCUGUAACCGGUGACCUGUCAGAUACCAGAACACGAUACCUGGGUUCACGACCUGUCAAGCUCUUCAGAGUCCGGAUGCAAGGACAGGAAGCGGUGUUGGCGAUGUCCAGUCGCUCCUGGCUCAGCUACUCGUACCAGUCUCGCUUCCAUCUGACCCCUCUGUCCUAUGAGACUCUGGAGUACGCCUCGGGCUUCGCCUCCGAGCAGUGCCCGGAAGGCAUCGUGGCCAUUUCCACCAACACACUGAGAAUCUUGGCUCUGGAGAAACUGGGAGCCGUCUUCAACCAGGUGGCCUUUCCUCUGCAGUACACUCCCAGGAAGUUCGUUAUUCACCCCGAGACCAACAACCUCAUCCUGAUUGAGACGGACCACAACGCCUACACCGAGGCCACCAAGGCUCAGAGGAAGCAGCAGAUGGCAGAGGAGAUGGUGGAGGCUGCUGGCGAGGACGAACGCGAGCUGGCCGCCGAGAUGGCCGCCGCGUUCCUCAACGAGAAUCUCCCAGAGGCCAUUUUCGGAGCGCCCAAAGCGGGAUCUGGACAGUGGGCCUCGCUGGUGCGGCUGGUCAACCCCAUACAGGGCUCCACUCUGGACCAGGUGCAGCUGGAGCAGAACGAAGCCGCUUUCAGUGUGGCAGUUUGUCGUUUCACCAACACGGGAGAUGAGUGGUACGUUCUGGUGGGCGUGGCCAGAGACAUGAUUCUCAACCCGAGGUCAGUCGCCGGCGGCUUCAUCUACACCUACCGGCUGGUUGGAGGAGGGGAGAAGCUGGAGUUUGUCCACAAGACUCCGGUGGAGGACGUCCCUCUGGCCAUCGCUCCGUUCCAGGGUCGAAUCCUGGUCGGGGUUGGAAAACUGCUGCGGAUCUACGACCUGGGGAAAAAGAAGCUGCUGCGCAAGUGUGAGAACAAGCACAUGCCCAACCUGGUGACGGGCAUCUACACCAUCGGUCAGCGUGUGAUCGUGUCGGACGUGCAGGAGAGUCUCUUCUGGAUCCGUUACAGGCGCAACGAGAACCAGCUCAUCAUCUUCGCCGACGACACGUACCCCCGCUGGGUGACCACCGCCUGCCUGCUGGAUUACGACACCAUGGCGUCGGCGGACAAGUUUGGAAACAUCAGCAUUGUGCGUCUUCCGCCCAACACCAGCGACGACGUGGAUGAAGAUCCCACAGGGAACAAGGCAUUGUGGGACCGAGGCCUUCUUAAUGGAGCGUCACAGAAGGCUGAGGUCAUCGUGAACUACCAUGUGGGGGAGACGGUGCUGUCGCUCCAGAAAACCACCCUGAUCCCCGGCGGCUCAGAGUCGCUGGUCUACACCACGCUGUCCGGGGGCAUCGGCAUCCUGGUGCCUUUCACCUCACAUGAGGAUCACGACUUCUUCCAGCAUUUAGAGAUGCACAUGCGCUCCGAGUUCCCUCCGCUGUGUGGCAGAGACCAUCUCAGCUUCCGGUCCUACUACUUCCCAGUCAAGAACGUGAUCGACGGAGACCUGUGCGAGCAGUUCAACAGCAUGGAUCCUCACAAGCAGAAGAGCGUGGCGGAGGAGCUGGACAGGACGCCGCCCGAGGUCUCGAAAAAGCUGGAGGACAUUCGCACGCGUUACGCCUUCUAAAUCUCCCAAAGCGACGAUCAUCACCAGCUUGACUGACUGUAUAUAUUUUCUCGGUGGGUCGUGUAUCUGUGUGUCCCGGCUUCGUGUGAUUGACAGUAGGGCCGUCUGUCCCAUGAUGCAUCACCAAGGCGUCCGUUUUUCACUAACCUGCAUUUAGAGUUAGAGCAGCGGGAGCGAGCAGCCACGCAGCGGCGCGCGGCGCAGCGCUUCAUGGCGGUGGCGUCUGUCUCACGCCCCCGAUGUGCCGCCUUCAGCGGCGACUCCGUCACACGGAAACAUGAAGACUCACCGUUUCAUCUUCACACACGUCUGAAUGUGUGAAGAAGAAGAAAAAAAAAACAAACUCGCACCCUUCAAGUUCAGAAGCAGGUUUUUUUUUAAAUGUAGAGAAGCCGCAGCGGAUUCGUCUUGUCAGCGGAUUUUAUUUUAUUGAGACUUCUUAGAUGACCCUCAGAGAGAAAGGCCUAGACCAUGAAUGAAGCUGGAAACGGCGAAUACUUUGUAAGAGCCUCAUUCACAAAGUUUAAUGUCAUCAAAAUGAAAAAAAAACAAAUGUUUUGUAUGGUUUGUUUUAAUGUGUAUCAAUUGGAUUUGUGUGUUUUGUAAUCUGCCGACCCGUCUUU